AUGGCAACCUGGUGCACACCAACAACUGAUUCCACCACAGCACAGCCUCAGGCAUCACAAGCACAGCAACAGCAUGCACAGGAGCAGCAACAACAAAUUGCUACAAGGACAGCAGCCACACAGCAGCAAACAGAGCCAAGCCCUGCCGCAGCGGCAAACAACAACAGCAACAUCUGCAUCAGCCACAGCAGCAGCAGCCACACCCGCCGCCUCAGCAGCAGCAGCCACCACCAAAUCAACAAGAGAGAUACUCACAAGGACAGCAACAACAGUCAGAGCAAUCCAGCAGCACAGCAGCAGCAGCAGCAGCAAACAAACAGGCCUCAUGUGCACCAGAGUCACAACAGCAGCAGCACAGCAGCAAAGUAA